CUGGGCGAGUCCCCUGUGUGGUGGCGGAGCCCAGAGGGAGGAGAAAGAGGGGGCGCCGGCUCCAAUUUCACCCUCCUCGGCGAGGGCUGGAGGAGGAGCAGUAACCGUAGCUUCAGCUGGCCGCUCGCACAUGCAGAAGCUCCGGCGCCGCCUCCCCGCCGCCUCCAGCCGGGACCUGCAGGUCCUGCUGCCGGCGACCGCUCGCUCGCUCGCUGCUGCCUUUCACGUCCCGCCGAUUGCCGUCCUUCAGCUCUUGUCGGACAGAGCGCCUCUCGCUGCCUGCUCCCCUCCCUGGGGGCGCCGCCGUCUAGUUUCCGCGCUCCGCAGCAAUCCUUCCACCCCCGACCCUUUCUAGAGUCUCCGCCGGGCGCUUGAUGAGUGGGGAGGUCAGACAAGUGCUCCGUUUCUCCUCCUGGGACUGCCCUGGGGGAGCUCCCUGGCGCUGCCCUCGGACCUGCUCUUCGGAGACCUGCCGCCGCGGGCCCCGCUAUGGUGCUUCUGCUGUGGGCCUUUUCACAUCUGAAUACAAGAAGAGUUGCUGGCUAAGGGAGAUGUGACUGGCACCAGGAAGACAUGGCUAAUGUGCAGGAUGGCAUUCUGAUGGCGAUAUUGGUCACAGGUCUGGGGAUGUUCUACUUAGGAGCAGUGUCCACAGAGGAUUCCCAUUGUCAACAUGUAGAGCAUCCUAUCAUUACAAGUGAAGAAAUUGCUCCUUGGUUACAUGUAUUCAGAGCGGAAAAUGCUGUUGACUUCUCUCAGAUAACGUUUGAUCCAAGACAAAAAGAGGUUAUUGUUGGUGCAAGAAACUAUCUCUUCAGGCUACAUAGUGAGGAUCUUUCUCUCAUCCAGGGAGUAGAGUGGCGUUGUGAAGAAGCUACUAAAAAAGCUUGUUACAGUAAAGGCAAAUCAAAGGAAGAGUGCCAGAAUUAUAUUCGUGUUCUUCUCAUUGGUGGGGACAGGCUAUUUGCUUGUGGAACUAAUGCAUUUACACCCAUUUGCACUAAUCGGACGCUUAAUAACCUGGAAGAGACACAUGAUCAGAUCAGUGGCAUGGCUCGCUGUCCGUACAGCCCCCAGCACAACUCCACAGCUCUCCUGGCAAGCACUGGCGAGUUAUAUGCAGCAACAGUCAUGGACUUUCCAGGAAGGGAUCCUGCAAUUUAUCGCAGCCUGGGGAUGCUUCCUCCUCUCCGGACUGCACAGUACAACUCUAAAUGGCUUAAUGAACCAAAUUUUGUGUCUUCCUAUGACAUUGGAAACUUCAUCUAUUUCUUCUUCCGAGAGAAUGCAGUGGAAUAUGACUGUGGGAAAAUAGUCUUUUCACGGGCUGCCCGAGUUUGUAAAAAUGACAUUGGAGGCAGGUUCCUCCUAGAAGACACCUGGACCACCUUCAUGAAAGCUCGCUUGAACUGCUCCCGCCCUGGAGAAAUCCCUUUUUACUACAAUGAAUUACAGAGUACGUUCUUCCUGCCAGAACUGGACUUAAUCUACGGGAUCUUUACCACUAAUGUGAACAGCAUAGCAGUUUCAGCUGUUUGUGUAUUCAACAUGACUGCAAUAACUCAAGUCUUCAAUGGGCCAUUUAAGUAUCAAGAGAACUCUCGCUCUGCCUGGCUGCCUUAUCCCAACCCGAACCCUAAUUUUCAGUGUGGCACCAUGGACCAGGGUCUAUAUUUGAAUCUGACAGAGAGGAAUCUCCCAGAUGCCCAGAAAUUUAUUUUGAUGCAUGAAGUGAUUCAGCCUAUGACACCAGUUCCUUACUUCAUGGAGGACAAGAGCCGUUUUUCCCAUGUGGUAGUGGAUGUGGUGCAAGGCAAAGACAUGCUUUUCCACAUCAUCUAUUUGGCCACAGAUCAUGGGACUAUUAAGAAAGUACUUGCUCCAGUUAAUCAAACAUCAGGCAGCUGCUUGCUAGAAGAGAUCAACAUAUUCCCAAAGAAGCAGCGGGAGACCAUCAGGAGUCUGCAGAUUUUACACAGCCAAAGUGCUCUGUAUGUGGGCCUUCAGAGAAGUGUGGUGAAGAUCCCACUGAAGAGAUGUCUGUUUUACAAAACAUACAGCACGUGUGUUGGAUCCCAGGAUCCUUACUGUGGCUGGGACCUGGUGUUAAAGAAAUGCACACCACUGGAAGAAAGCCUGAGCAUGAGUCAGUGGGAGCAAAGCAUCUCCCUAUGUCCAAUGAGAAAUUUGACCAUGGAUGGCAAUUUUGGAGCCUGGUCAGAAUGGAAGUCUUGCUCACACAUAGAUGGCUCCAGCGUAGGCUUUUGCCUCUGCAGGACACGCUCAUGUGACAACCCAGUUCCAAAAUGUGGGGGGCGGCAAUGUGAAGGGCCAAGUAUGGAGGUUGCCAACUGCUCCAGAAAUGGAGGCUGGACUCCCUGGACAUCCUGGUCUCCUUGCAGCACCUCCUGUGGAAUAGGCUUUCAAGUCCGCCAACGUUCCUGCAGCAACCCAACCCCUCGGCAUGGAGGGCGUGUAUGUGUGGGGCAGAACCGCGAAGAAAGGUACUGUAACGAGCAUUUGCCAUGUUCUCCGCACAUGUUCUGGACUGGCUGGGGUGCAUGGGAGCGCUGUACGGCCCAGUGUGGAGGAGGGAUUCAGGCCCGUCACAGAGUUUGUGAGAAUGGCCCCGACUGUCCUGGCUGCAGCGUUGAGUAUCAAGCUUGCAGCACCAGCCCCUGCCCAGAGUUGAAGAAGACAACUCCUUGGACCCCAUGGACCCCAGUGAAUAUCUCUGACAAUGGUGGACACUAUGAACAACGGUUCCGAUAUACUUGCAAGGCACGGCUGCCGGAUGCAAGUUUGUUAGAUGUGGGAAGGCAGAGGAUUGAAAUGCGUUACUGUUCUAGUGAUGGUACCACUGGAUGCUCAACUGAUGGUGAAUUCAUGCAUUCUGGGCACUACUCUGCUCAUACAAUUAAUGGUGCCUGGUCCUCCUGGUCUCCCUGGUCUCAGUGUAGCCGUGAUUGCAGCAGAGGAAUUCGGAACCGCAAACGUAUUUGCAACAACCCUGAGCCAAAGUAUGGGGGGCUGCCAUGUCUGGGACCAUCCCUGGAAUACCAAGAAUGCAACAUUCUCCCUUGCCCAGUCGAUGGAGGUUGGUCUUGUUGGUCAUCAUGGUCUAAGUGCUCCACUACUUGUGGAGGUGGGCAUUAUAUGAGGACCCGCUCAUGCGCAAGCCCAGCACCAGCUUAUGGAGGUGAUAUUUGUCUAGGACUCCACACUGAAGAAGCACUCUGCAAUACACAGCAAUGCCCAGAUAGCUGGUCUGACUGGUCAGCGUGGUCUGUCUGCGAUUCAUCUGGAAUCCGGUUUCGCACCCGCCAGUGUAAUGUUUUAUUUCCUGUGGGUCACCAGUGUUCUGGAAAUACCACGGAGAGCCAGCCAUGUUUUCCUGAUUCCAAUUUCAUACCAGAUGUAACAGUAGCAAGAACCGGCAGCAUGAAAGAAAAGCGAUGUGGCGAGUUUAACAUGUUCCACAUGACUGCCGUGGGGCUGAGCAGCUCCAUUCUAGGAUGCCUUCUCACUCUUCUGGUUUACACUUACUGCCAACGGUAUCAGCAGCAGUCCCAUGAUGCAACUGUCAUCCAUCCAGUGUCACCUGCCCUUCUAAAUACCCACAUCACUAACCACAUCAACAAGCUGGACAAGUAUGAUUCUGUAGAAGCCAUUAAGGCUUUUAACAAAAAUAACCUGAUACUAGAAGAGCAAAACAAGUACUUUAAUCCACAUCACACUACAAAGGCAUAUUCCAAUGCCUAUUUUACAGAUCUGAACCACUAUGAUGAAUAUUAAAAGGGUGUCUAUAACUGAUAUGUGUCCCCAAGGACUGAAUCCUCAGAGCACACUUCAACUUAUCAAUGUCAUGUUGCUGCGAACACCAAAACACUGACGUGUGGGUAAAAGGUUCCCUUUCCAAAAUGUUUUAUUUCAGUACAAUAUUUGUACUGUAUAACUAUAUCAGGACCUGUCGAAAGGACAUGGAUUAUUUUGUCAAGGCCAAUCCAAUUUGGUAAAUAUGCUGCCACUCUACUACUUCCUAGUUUCAGCUUCUCAAAAGUGUUUUGAGAAUGGCUAGAGAGCGACUGAGGGGAAAAAAGACUUUUCUGCAAGUGGGAGGCCUCCUUGCUGCACCACUGCAGUAUGGUAGAUUAUUGAAUGAAAUUAUCCUGAUUUGUUUGGCAGCAAGCCAUUUCCAGUGUCCAUGUGAGGGCUGGUGGUGCCUUCUUUGCUGGAUACUUGGGACUCCUGAAAUUGUUUUGGUCCUUGAAGAAACUGAGAGUAGAUUAUGGCGAGACUACAAGCUACCUCUGGCACAAGGGAAGCUGGGCCAAACAGGUGCUACAGAAACAGAGUCAUUAAAUGAUAGAAUUUACCAAGAAAUAUGCAUGGGUUUUUUUCUGUUUCAAACUGCUGGGAUGCACCUGUGGAAUGGAAGCUGGGGAAGGCUUGCUGAAUUAUUUCUGCAUGUUAUUGCUGCACUUUCAGAACCAAGCAUCUACUUCUGCAUUAUGUGAUGGCCCUCCCAAUGUAUCUGCACAGAGUCCACCUGGAUUGUUCAUUAGGACAUUCAUAAACCUUCCGGAGCACACAGAUGGCCCAUGGACCUGCUUGCAGGUCCGUCAUGUCCUUUGCCCUUCAUUUCUUAGGAGCAGAUGGAAAGCACAAACGCUUCUCUUUUUAAUGUUUUAUUUAAUUCAUCUUGUUAAAAACAACAUAAAGUGUAUUAAGCAAAGCAUUGAUGUAAUAGUUUUGAUGCGCUAAGUGAGCUUUCCCAUCAUGCCCUACUUAUGUAAAUAGCGGAAGUGCUUAACUGCGAAUAAAGCUGACACAAACUGGAAGAAAGACAUCAUGGUCCAAAUUCUGUAUCAGUUCACUGCCCUGGUGGUGUUGCUUGUU